CCACCCACUUCCGGUCUUCCUCUUUACUUCCGGGUGAGGAGUCUGUUUACCUUCCGGGGUCGGUGGAGGAGCGGGGUGAGAGGGCCAUAAUGGACACCACAGAACUCAGGAGAUUGCGGAAGAAGCUGAGACAGAUUGAGACUUUGGAACACCUUCCCCGGGAGCUGACCCCCUGUGAGGCCGCCAAGGUAUCUCUCAAGGUGGAACUUCGCAGACGUGUGGAAGAAAUAUUGUCGGAGAAUCUGAAAGUAGAACCCGAGGAGGCCGAGAGCAGGGAACAUGGCAGCUCGGAGUCCUCCUCACUCCCGGAUCCUCCAUUGAAGAAGCGCACCCCUCCCAAGACCCCUCCCAAAAUGACAACGGCUCCGCCCACGCCAAAAGUAAAACUGAAGGGACGAGAUCGCUCCCCCCUGCAGGACUCCCAGUUCCUCGUUCACAGCCUGGAAGGGCACAGCGAUCUUGUGACGUCUGUCCUCAUCCACCACCGAUCCAUCGUCUCUGGAAGUUGGGAUACCUCGGUACGUGUUUGGGACCUCUUCUCCGCCUCUGAGGUCAGGACGCUGUGCGGGCACACAGGAGCGGUCACAUGCCUGGCUUCCGUCUCACCGGGGGAAGCGCAGCAAAACUCCAGUCUCUUCCCUCCAUAUGAACACUUCGUCUGCAGCGGAUCAGCGGACUGCAGUAUCAAAGUCUGGAGUCUGAUCUCAGGUCAGCCUGUGCUCAGCAUCUACACCUUCUCCGCAGUGUCCGCCAUCGUUCAUAUCCCCGACACCAAACUCAUCAUAUCCGGAUCCGACGGCGGGAAGAUCGAUGUCUGGGACCUGGAAACCCAGGAGAACGUUCGUUCAGAGAGAGCACAUGAGGAGAAAGUCACAGCUUUGCAGCUCCACGCCGGAUUGCUGUACUCCGGAUCCUCAGACGGCGAUCUGAAGGUUUGGAAAGUCUCCUCCUCGGGUUGGCUGAGUCUCCUGCACUCCUGUGACAGUCUGUCCCUCCCUCUGCGCGGUCUCUACGCUCUCUGCGCCACGCCGGAUCACAUCUAUGUAGCCAAUCAAGGAGCUUCUUUAAAAGUGGUGGACUGGAAGCGAGGUAGGAGACCAGAGUAUAGAACCCGUGUUUAUUGUACCUGUAUUGUGUGGAAUCGGGAGAAGUCAAAGCGAUUCGUAAAACAAAAACAGACGUGUAAUGUAUUGCAGCUCAUAUGUCCUUAGAUGUGGCAGCUGCAU